ACAUCGGACGAGAAUUGUGGUGUACCUAUCAGGAAGUGACGGUGACAAGUACUGUCACAGAAGUAAAUUCUGGAUUCGUUCUUAUUUAUUUAAUCUUGAGAUUAAAAACAAACAAACAAACAAACAAACAAAAAAAUGUCAUCUGAUUUUGAGACAUACGAGCAGGAUUUCGGGACCCUGACAGCUGAAAUAACGAGCAGGAUUGUAAAGAUUCCUAAAUUGGCUGGAGUCUGCUCUGAUGGAAAUGACCCAGAAGAUGAGAAAAAGAACAUGGUUGUAAGUGUUGAGAAGCAGCUAGAAGAAGCCAGAGAGCUACUGGAGCAGAUGGACCUUGAGGUGCGGGAGAUCCCAGUCCAGAGUCGAGGCAUGCACAGCACCAGGCUUAAGAGCUACAAACAGGAGCUGGAGAAACUUGAGAAGGAUUUUGUGAGUCCCUUGUGUAUUUGUGCCUGCUUAAUCAUAACAACCUUAGGUACCAUAUUUAGUGAUGAAUUAUUUCAUGCCAGUAUUACUCCUGUACCACCACUAGAUGUUACUGUUUAGUUAUAUAUGAUAUGAUAUGUAUAUUCCAACGUAGUCAACCCAUUGCACAUUGAAAUACACACAAGUGUCUUGUCAUUUCUUCAUCUAGGUUAACCUCUCAGCUCCUCUGUUGCACCCGAGCCAUAUCAGUGUAUUUUGUACAAUACCUUCAAAAUAAAUAACAAACAGCCACUUUUCAAA